GACAACGAUGACAACGGUGACAACGGUGACAACGAUGACAACGGUGACAACGAUGACAACGGUGACAACGGUGACAACGGUGACAACGGUGACAACGGUGACAACGGUGACAACGGUGACAACAGUGACAACGGUGACAACGGUGACAACGGUGACAACGGUGACAACGAUGACAACGAUGACAACGGUGACAACGGUGACAACGGUGACAACGAUGACAACGGUGACAACGGUGACAACGGUGACAACGGUGACAACGGUGACAACGGUGACAACGGUGACAACGGUGACAACGGUGACAACGGUGACAACGGUGACAACGGUGACAACGGUGACAACGGUGACAACGGUGACAACGGUGACAACGGUGACAACGGUGACAACGGUGACAACGGUGACAACGAUGACAACGGUGACAACGGUGACAACGGUGACAACGGUGACAACGGUGACAACGGUGACAACGGUGACAACAACGGUGACAACAACGGUGACAACGGUGACAACAGUGACAACAGUGACAACGGUGACAACUAUGACAACGGUGACAACAGUGACAACGGUGACAACACUGACAACACUGACAACGGUGAAAAAAGAGACAACAGUGACAACGGUGACAACAGUGACAAUGGUGAGAACGGUGACAACGAGACAACGAUGACAACGAUGACAACGGUGGCAACAGUGACAACGAUGACAACGGUGACAAGGAUGACAACGGUGACAACGAUAACAACGGUGACAACGAUGACAACGGUGACAACGAUGACAACGGUGACAACGGUGACAACGGUGACAACGGUGACAACGGUGACAACGGUGACAACAGUGACAACAGUGACAACGAUGACAACGGUGACAACGGUGACAACGGUGACAACGAUGACAACGGUGACAACGGUGACAACGGUGACAACGAUGACAACGGUGACAACGGUGACAACGGUGACAACGGUGACAACGGUGACAACGGUGACAACGGUGACAACGGUGACAACGGUGACAACGGUGACAACGGUGACAACGGUGACAACGGUGACAACGGUGACAACGGUGACAACGGUGACAACGGUGACAACGGUGACAACGGUGACAAAAGUGACAACGAUGACAACGGUGACAACGGUGACAACGGUGACAACGGUGACAACGGUGACAACGGUGACAACGGUGACAACGGUGACAACGGUGACAACGGUGACAACGGUGACAACAGUGACAACGGUGACAACGGUGACAACAGUGACAACCCUGACAACGGUGACAACAGUGACAACGGUGACAAUGGUGACAACAGUGACAACGGUGACAACAGUGACAACAGUGACAACGGUGACAACAGUGACAAGGGUGACAACAAUGACAACAGUGACAACAGUGACAACGAUAAAAAAGGUGAAAACGGUGACAAGAGUGACAACGGUGACAACAGUGACAACAGCGAGAACGGUAACAACCGUGACAACAGUGACAACGAUGACAACGGUGACAACGGUGACAACGGUGACAACAGUGACAACGGUGACAACGGUGACAACAGUGACAACGGUGACAACGGUGACAACAGUGACAACAGUGAAAACAGUGACAACGGUGACAACGGUGACAACCGUGACAAUGGUGACAAUGGUGACAACAGUAACAACAGCAACAACGGUGACAACGGUGACACCAGUGACAACAGUGACAACGGUGACAACAGUGACAACAGUGACAAUGAUGACAUUGGUGACAACCGUGACAACGGUGACAACAGUGACAACGGUGACAACAGUGACAACACUGACAACGGUGAAAAAAGUGACAACAGUGACAACGGUGACAACAGUGACAAUGGUGAGAACGGUGACACAGACAACGAUGACGACGAUGACAACGGUGGCAACAGUGACAACAAUGAGAACGGUGACAACAAUGACAACGGUGACAAUGAUGACAACGGUGACAACGGUGACAACGGUGACAACGGUGACAACGGUGACAACGGUGACAAAAGUGACAACUCUGACAAUCCUGACAACGGUGACAAAAGUGACAACAGUGACAACGGUGACAACGGUGACAACAGUGACAACCCUGACAACGGAGAAAACAGUGACAACAGUGACAACCCUGACAACGGUGACAACGGUGACAACGGCGACAACGUUGACAACAGUGACAACAGUGACAACGAUGACAACGGUGACAACGGUGACAACGCUGACAAUGGUGACAAUGAUGACAACAGUGACAACGGUGACAACGAUGACAACGGUGACAACGAUGACAACGGUGACAACGGUGACAAAAGUGACAACCAUGACAACGGUGACAACGGUGACAACGAUGACAACGGUGACAACGGUGACAACGGUGACAACGGUGACAAAAGUGACAACGAUGACAACGGUGACAACGGUGACAACGGUGACAACGGUGAGAACGGUGACAACGGUGACAAAGGUGACAACGGUGACAAAAGUGACAACGGUGACAACGGUGACAACGGUGACAACGGUGACAACGAUGACAACGGUGACAACGGUGACAACGGUGACAACGGUGACAAAAGUGACAACGAUGACAACGGUGACAACGGU